GUCUUCCGUCUCCCGCGCGGGCGCGGCUGACCUCGCCGCCGACCCCUUCUUGGUCACCCUUAGGCUUCACUCCAGACCCCCUACGCCUCUUUCCACGCACGGCCGCCGGGGUAGGACCGGACUACAUUUCCCAGGAGGCUUCGCGGCCCAGCGAGUUCACGGGGCGGUACCGACUACACUUCCCAGACGGCCUUGCGGCGCCCGGGUCACCCACACAGCUUACAUUUCCCAGAAGCCUCUCUGGCCGUAGGGCCCUCGCUAGCCCUUCUCCAGAGUCUCAGAGGCUUUAACUGGACUUCGACUCCCGGAGGCCUUUGCGGCUGACAGGAAAGACUACAGGUCCCGGCGUCCUCUGCGGCGCCGCCAGCGGAAGCAGCGGGCAGUGUGGUGUCCUUGCGCGGAGCCGAGCGACCAUGGUGGCCCGAGUGUGGUCGCUGAUGAGGUUCCUCCUGAAGGGCAGCGUGGCCGGGGGCGCCGUCUACCUGGUGUACGACCAGGACCUGCUGGGGCCCAGCGACAGGGGUGAGGCGGCGCUGCGCAAGGCCGAGGAGGUGGUGCCGCCGGCCGUGUACCAGCUCAGCCAGUACGUGUGCCAGCAGACGGGCCUGCAGGUGCCCCAGCUGCCGGCUCCUCCAAAGAUUAACUUUCCCAUCCGUGAGACCUGGGAUAAAGGCAUCCUCACGGUGAUGGCGGCUCUGUCUGCGGCUCCGGCCAAGGCCCGCGAGUACUCCAGGGAAGGCUGGGCGUACCUGCGGGAGCGCACCAAGCAGUGAGCGGCCGAGGCAGCUGGCCGCACCCGGCUGGCCCAAUAAAGGACUUUGCACAUG